CGAGUGCACGCGCGUUGAAUAUAAAAUGAGAGCGUGCAUUGAAGGCGGCAGUUCUAGCCCUCUGUUGAACAUUACCACUACCUAAAAUGGCAUUCAAGUUUGUCGUCCUGUCUUGUCUGGUGGCUGUGGCGAGUGCUGGCCUUUUACCAGCAGCUCAAGUGUCCUACUCGGCUCCCCUUGCCUACUCCAGCCACGCCGUGCAAGCCGCUCCUGCGUACUACGCCGCCGCUCCCGUGGCAAAAAUUGCUGCUCCCGUGGCAUAUGCUGCCCCCGUCGCCAAGGUCGAGGCCUACGACACCAACCCCCAAUACAGCUUCUCUUACGACGUACAGGACGGACACACCGGCGACUCUAAAAGCCAGCACGAAACUCGUGAUGGUGAUGUUGUGCAUGGCUCCUACUCCGUGGUAGACCCUGACGGUACCAAGCGUACUGUUGAGUACACUGCUGACCCCCACAACGGUUUCAACGCUGUUGUACACAAGGAAGCCCUCGCACACGUCACUAAGGUCGUUGCUCCCGUCGCCAAAGUAGUUGCCCCCGUUGCCAAAGUGGUCGCCCCCGUAGCUUACCACUCUGCCCCGGUAGCGUACGCUGCUCCUAUCGCCAAAUACGCUGCCCCUAUUGCGUACCAGUCCGCCCCUGUAGUGCACGCUGCUCCAGUGGCUUACUCAUCGGCACCCUACUACCACCACCAGCAGGCAAAGCGAACGGUGCGGCGGCAUACCGGGCGAAUGGUGCGGUGUACGCGGCAGCUACUGGCGCGCUGUACGCCAGACGGGCUGCCGGGGCGGUGUACGCUGCAGUGUAAGCGACGGGAGCGGUGUAGCGUGCAGCGACCACGGGAGCAGCAGCUACUGGAGCAGCUGCGAGACGAGCUGGCGCAGCCACAACGGGAGCUGCAGCUACCAAAGGAAGGAGGCAAACGUGCUGGCAUGGACAACCGCAAUACCAAAUCCAAUUCCACAUUAAGAAUUCGUGAUUUUCAUCACACUCAAGAUUAUAAACGCUUAGUGGUGGUAGACGGGAGCGGAGUAGGCGACGGGGGCAGCGUGGUACGCGACGGGGGCGGAGUGGUAGACGGGAGCAGCAGCGUGCACGACAGGGGCGGCGUGGUAGGCCACGGGAGCGGCGUGGUAGGCCACAGGGGCGGCGACUUUAGCGACCACGGGGGCGGCGUGGUAGGCGACUGGGGCAGCUACCUUGGCGACAACGGGGGCGACUACUUUAGCGACGUGUCCGAGAGCUUCUUUGCGAACGACAGCAUUGAAUCCAUUGUGGGGGUCAGCAGUGUAGUCCACGGUACGCUUGGUGCCGUCAGGGUCUACCACGGAGUAAGAGCCCUGUACGACAUCUCCGUCGCGGCUCUCGUGCUGGCUCUUGGAGUCACCGGUGAGACCGUCCUGCACGUCGUACGCGAAGCUGUAUUGGGGGUGCGCGUCGUAUUCCUCGACGGCGACCUUGGCGACGGGGGCGAUCACUUUAGCGAUAGGGGCGGCGUAUGCAACGGGGGCAGCGUGCACUACAUGUGCUGCUGGGGCAGCCGCAUUCGUUCAGUAGAACUCAAUUGGUAUACAUCUCCUACAAUGGCAUUCAAGUUCGUAGUAUUCGCCUGUUUGGUGGCUGCCGCCAGCGCCGGAGUGUACCCGGCUGCCCCUGUGGCGUAUUCCGCCGCCCCUGCCUACGUCGCCCACCAAGCGUACGCUGCCCCCGUGGCAUACGCCGCCCCUGUCGCUAAGGUGGUCGCCCCCGUCGCCAAGGUCGCCGUCGAGGAAUACGACGCGCACCCCCAAUACAGCUUCGCGUAUGACGUGCAGGACGGUCUCACCGGUGACUCCAAGAGCCAGCACGAGAGCCGCGACGGAGAUGUCGUACAAGGCUCUUACUCCGUGGUAGACCCUGACGGUACCAAGCGUACCGUGGACUACACUGCUGACCCCCACAAUGGAUUCAACGCUGUCGUUCGCAAAGAAGCUCUCGGACACGUCGCAAAAGUAGUCGCCCCCGUUGUCGCCAAGGUAGCUGCCCCAGUCGCCUACCACGCCGCCCCCGUGGUCGCUAAAGUCGCCGCCCCUGUGGCCUACCACGCCGCUCCCGUGGCCUACCACGCCGCCCCUGUCGUGCACGCUGCUGCUCCCGUCUACCACUCUGCCCCUGUCGCGUACCACGCUGCCCCCGUUGCCUACUCCGCCUACCACCACUAAGUGGUAACGAAAGUUUAUUAUUAGUGCAAUUACCGAUAUGAUGAACUAAAAUAAAUCUAAAUUAUUGAAAAA